CGUGGUACGUGUCCUCUUCUCCGCCACACAAAAAUGCUGCGCCUACCCUUCUUCACGCUCGUCUCUUCACUUCCGCUGCGUCGUCUUCUUCUUCUAUCUUGGUCGUUGCGCUCCCGGUUUGCACUAGCAAAUGGCACCGGCCAUCGUCGCACCCACCGCCACACCCGCCCCCUUCCACCCGGAUCGGGUCCGGGUCCUCAAGCCCGGCUCGCCCUCCCCCUCCGGCCCGGUCGUGUACUGGAUGUUCCGCGACCAGCGGGCCACCAACAACUGGGCCCUCAUCCACGCGGCCGCUCUCGCUGCCCGAUCCGAUGCUCCACUCGCUGUCGCCUUCUGCCUCUCUCACCGCUUCCUCGGCGCCCACGCUCGCCAGCUUGGCUUCAUGCUCCGCGGCCUCCGCCACCUCCGCGGGCGCCUCGCUGCCCUCGGCCUGCCUUUCUUCCUCCUCCGCGGCGACGCCCCCGACGCCCUCCCCGGCUUCCUGAGCCGCCUCGGUGCCUCCGCCCUCGUUGCCGAUUUCUCCCCCCUCCGGCCCGUCCGCGCCUGGAAGGACGCGCUCUGCGAGCGCCUCCCCGCCGCCGUCGCCGUCCACGAGGUCGACGCCCAUAACGUUGUCCCCGUCUGGGUCGCCUCCGACAAGCUCGAAUACGGUGCCAAGACCAUUCGCCCUAAGAUCCACCGCCUCCUCACGGAGUACCUUGUCGAAUUCCCCCAGCUCCCGCCGUCCGCCGUACCGUGGACCGGGGAAGCGCCACCGGAGAUCGACUGGGACGAGCUCAUCAACGAAGCCCUCAGGGAGGCAGGGGAAGUGCCAGAAAUCGGGUGGUGCGAACCAGGGGAGGAGGCAGCGAUGGAGGCGCUGAUGGGGCGCAAAGAUGGGUUCUUGACAAAGAGGUUGAAGCACUACGACAGUGAUCGGAACGAUCCGGUGAAGUCGAGGGCGUUGUCGGGGCUCUCCCCUUACCUGCACUUUGGGCAAAUCUCGGCUCAGCGAUGUGCUCUAGAGGCUUGGAAGUUCAGAAAAUCUUAUCGUCAGUCGGUUGAUGCAUUCUUGGAGGAGUUGAUUGUGAGGAGGGAGCUAGCAGAUAAUUUUUGCUAUUACCAGCCUCAUUAUGAUUCAUUGCAAGGUGCAUGGGAAUGGGCUUGCAAGACCUUGAUGGAUCACGCUGCAGAUAAACGAGAACAUAUUUAUACGAAGGAGCAGCUGGAGAAAGCAGAAACUGCUGAUCCUCUCUGGAAUGCCUCGCAACUCGAGAUGGUUUACCAUGGAAAAAUGCAUGGGUUCAUGCGGAUGUAUUGGGCCAAGAAAAUCCUUGAAUGGACAAAUGGACCAGAAGAAGCACUUUCAAUAGCAAUUUAUUUAAAUGACAAGUAUGAGCUAGAUGGUAGAGAUCCGAAUGGCUAUGUUGGUUGCAUGUGGUCCAUAUGCGGAGUCCAUGAUCAGGGCUGGAAGGAGAGACCAGUCUUUGGAAAAAUACGUUACAUGAAUUAUGCAGGCUGCAAAAGAAAAUUCAAUGUGGAUGGAUACAUAGCAUAUGUGAAAAAACUGGUCGGUGAAACAAAGAAGAGGAAGUCAGAUGACCAUUCGAGUCCUGCAGUGAAACAUUCCAAAACUUGAAUAUUGUGGAAGACAAACUUAAAGUCAAGUAGCAUAGGCACAGUGUCACUCUGAGAAGAAGCAGGGAAGAUUGAAGGAAAAAUUAGUGAGGUCCUCUAUAUCUUUGGUGGAAGCACAUGCUGAUUAGAAGCAUCUACGAUGUAACCAAAUUGGUGCCAAUCACAUGAUUUAUGAACUCGUGUCGGUCGCAUUUGUCCUAUCUCUUCACUGUAGCCUAGCGUGCAGGACAAGCUAGAAUGACGGUUGACGCAUUUGGUGUUAACAUCGGCAUACAGGCUGGGUUGAUCAAUCACGAUUGUGCGUCAUGUGAUCAUGAUUGAAAUAUGUCGAUGAACCAUCAUGUUUCACUGUAGCAUAACAAGCAAAUAUAGAGAGCAGGAUGGGAUUAUCUUAUUACACUCAUGGUGCCGGGACCUCAUUCUAUUCUAUCAUCGUGCAGAUGGUUCAUUUUGUGUCAUCGGAAAGGCCAGAUACGUUGUUGUGCUUUCGAAAAUAUUGUUGAUUUGUAGCUUCUGUUAUGUAUAUCGCUGUUGUAUCCUUGAUAAAAAAAAAUAAAAGAGGUUUCAGGAAGAAGAGAAAAAAAUAUAGAACAUAGUUGUAGACCAAGUUGCUAUGCAAAAAAUUCUUUCUUUCUUUCUUCUUC